AAUACGAUCUUCUUACCCCUCCUGUCUUAAAAUCAAAUUUCAAUUUCUCCAUUGUCUUUCUCUUUGGCUUCUUCCAAUCUUCAGUAAAGAAGUCGCCUUUUAUAGUCUCUCGAGAGGCCCAGUAGUUUUGAAAGAUGGCUGGCCAAAACGCACGUUUGAAUGUGGUUCCCACUGUUACAAUGCUUGGGGUUAUGAAAGCUCGUCUUGUUGGAGCUACAAGAGGUCAUGCUCUCCUCAAGAAGAAGAGUGAUGCUCUAACUGUUCAGUUUAGGGCACUUCUCAAGAAAAUUGUUACUGCAAAGGAGUCUAUGGGAGAUAUGAUGAAGACAUCGUCUUUUGCUCUUACUGAAGUAAAGUAUGUUGCUGGUGAGAAUGUCAAACAUGUUGUCCUCGAGAACGUUAAAGAAGCUACAUUGAAGGUUCGUUCUCGGACAGAGAAUAUCGCUGGAGUGAAGCUGCCUAAGUUUGAUCACUUCUCUGAAGGCGAAACCAAGAAUGACUUGACCGGUUUAGCUAGAGGUGGUCAACAGGUCCAAGCUUGCCGUGUUGCUUAUCUGAAAGCCAUUGAAGUUCUAGUUGAGCUUGCUUCUCUCCAGACUUCUUUCUUGACGCUUGAUGAAGCAAUCAAGACGACUAAUCGCAGGGUCAACGCCCUGGAGAAUGUGGUGAAACCAAAGCUGGAGAAUACUAUCAGUUACAUCAAGGGAGAGCUUGAUGAGCUUGAGAGAGAGGAUUUCUUCAGGUUGAAGAAGAUUCAAGGAUACAAGAGGAGGGAAGUCGAACGACAGGCAGCUCAUGCUAAGGAGUUUGCUGAGGAAAUGGUUCUUGAAGGCAUCUCUAUGCAGAGAGGGAUUUCGAUAAACGCUGCUCGUAAUUUCCUUGUUGGUGGUGCAGAGAAGGAUUCAGACAUCAUUUUCUGAGGUGUGGGCUCUCUCUCUCUCUCUCUCUGCCUUUCGUGUUUGCUCGGUUUCUAUUUUCGCCAUCGCGCUGUUAUUACUCUCUUCAUCAGACUUAUGUUUCUUCAAAUAAAAUGGAUUUGAUGUAGAUGAAAUAUUGUAUCAUCUUGGAUUGUGCUUUGCUAUAAUUUUUUUCAAGAGAUGUGUGAUUGUUACUGUUUUGAGUAAUGAUAA